GGAGGGAGCGGGUUUCAAGAGCAAAGUUAGGCACAAGGAGUAUGGCUCAAGGAAGGGACGGUCCGGACGGUCCGCCGAGGAGGAAGCUAACCCCAGGAAAGCCUAGGUUUUGGCCAUGGGGUGGGUCAGCUGUCUCCACCGAAGCAUUCAAAAUUUCUAUUUUCUCAUUUUAUUUUUGCCACUAUUUAUUUUUUGAUUCUUUUGGCAUUGGUUUGUUUAUUCGCUUAUGCAGAAGGAAUGAGAAGGGGAGAGAGGAGAGGAAAAGGAGAGAGGAGUUUUUAGGCCAUUUUUUAGACAACCUGAUUUCCAACGUAACAGCCGAGGUGGGGGUGGGGGAGUAACCGGGAAGCAGUGUACCAGGACAAGCAGUAGAAGUGAAAGCCAGACUUCUAUAGAUCUGUUGACCUGACGGUCUUCCAGUUUGUUUACUGCCUUGUGCAUUGCUGUGUGCAUGAAUAUUUUGAUUAGGUACAACUGCUGAAAAAUUUUUGGUGCCGUUCGCAAUUGCUUAAUUUAUUAGAUGCAGGUGAUUUCUGACUCGGCGACCGUAGAUCAGAUUGGGCAAUCUAUGGCGGGGUUGGAUCGCCGUUGUCCCACGACAUGGAUCUGUAUUAGCGGUGUGUAUCCACCAUGGACCUGGGAUUUGGGUUCGGGCGACAAUGUCUACCAGAUUCAACGAGUAGCUCAAUUGCUAAAAGUAUGCAAAAGGAAUUGACAAAAAGUGUCACUGUCAAAUACUCUUGGCAAAAAAUAUUUUUUGAGCACCUCAGAGAUUGGCCCUGAGGUUGCAAUGAUAAAGAAUUCCGCGGGGCUUCCGCGGGUGGGGAUGUCUUUACCACAACGGGUUGAGGUUCGAUCCGUAUUUCAGGAGAUGUGGGGGGAUGGCUGAGAUGGUCUUGGAGUGUCUUGCAAGUUCCACAGGCAGUACUGCUCUACAGGGUCCGCUGGCACUCCGUGGGCCACUGGCCGUGGGGGCGUUCUUCCUCUGACGAGGAAUUGUUGCAAGGAGACUCCUCGAAAAGGAGUCAGGCACCACCUAGUGGCUCUCCCCGAUUAGGGGCCUGUAGAGCGUCUUGCUGGUUCCACCGGGAGGUGAGUUGGCCACCCUACGGGAUCUGUAAGCCGCUCCGCUGGCACUCCGUGGGCCACUAGCCGUGGGGGCCU